AUGGGGGUGGCCUUCCCUGCCUCGCGGGCCGCGGCCUUGGCAGCCGCACUCUGGCUGCUCCGACGGCACCGCUGGGUGGUCCUGCGGCCACAGCUGGUGCGGAACGACGUGGUCAUGGGCAGUGCGUCCCCUGCGGACUCGGGGCAGCCGCGGCCAGUGCAGGCCCACCGCAGCCUGAGCUCGCGCAGUUGGGCUAGGCAUCGUGCGCCGCGGAGGGCGCGCAAGAAGCAGAUCACGCUCGCCUCCUUCAACGGCUCCUGCUGGCUCAGCUGUCGGCAGUUUCUGGAGCAGAGCGCGGAGGGCAUCAUGGUCGUGGCGGCCCAGGAGCGCAAGGCUUUCUUCAAGUGGGCCAGGGACGCGCUGGUCACCUCGCCCACGCAGGUCUUCAACUAUACGAAGUUGCGCGGCUGGACUCACUCGGAGUCGUCUGCCAGCACGUCGGUCCAGGCCUCACCUCGCUUGCGGUCGCAGGCUCAGGAGGUCGCUGACGGGCAGAUGGACCUGUGGUGCGGCAUCUGGCAGGGCACGACAUGGGCGCGCAUGGUGGCGGCUCGCUCGGUCCCCCUGGAGGUGCUUCAGGACGCCUGGCAGCUCCAGACGCCGCGAGUGUUGCUGGCCAAGGAGCCGUGGAAGAUGGUUGUGGGCCCUGCUGGAGCGCUGGCACUGCAGCUGCGCAGACUUGGCUGGACAGCAUCGUCGGCACACCUGUGGCGCACGCGGCGCGGCAUCGCGCUCGACUUGACCGAGGUCUCGCCGGCUUGGGUGCGCACCUUGGCGCUGCGGGACUACGAGCUUGACGGCUGGCGUCAAUGGGCUCAGCGGGAGGAGCAGGCGCCUGAGGACCCUGCUUGCCGCGUCCCCAGAGCCCCUGACGGCUACUGGGUCGAGCCGAUCCGUGCCCUCUUUGCAGAUGCCAAGGGGCGUGCUAAGUGGAAGCUGUCGCCGUUGGCCAUGGCAGCCCUUCGCUCCACCAUGAUUGGCCAGGCGUUUGGCCCGCUGCCUGGCCACGAGCAAAGCGUCCCUCGGGCCGAGCUGUUUGCGAUUUUGAAAGUGCUUCAGGCCGAGCGACCACGGCUCCAGCGGCGCGCCGCGCAGCUGACGGGCAUAGAGAUCCAUCCAGACGAGCUGCUGCCCCUCAUCAAGUUCGACCGGCCCAGCGAGCAAGUCUCAGCGGAGACCGAGUUUGAGCUCGGGCUCCACCUGGACGUCAACAGCGGCUUCGCCCAUCGCGCCUGCACGCUGAUGGUCUACCUCAACAGCUGCGAGCGCGGCUUCACGGUGUUCCCGUGCGCGGGCGACGCCGAGAGCGGGGCGCUCGGGGUGAGGCUCGCCUCGUCCGGCGCCACGCACACGAACAGCAAGGCGGUCGUGAGCCGGGGCCUGCAGGGCGCGUCCGUCGAGCUCAUCCGCCGCGCCGCCGAGGAGCCCAGCUCGCUGCGGGUGGCGCCCCAGCGCGGCAAGGCCUGCCUCUUCUUCAACCUGCUCGGGUCCCGCGCCGCCGCGGGGGGCGCGGAGGACGCGCCCGCGGCCGACCCGCUGUCUUGGCACGGCGGGGGCGCCGUGGCCGGCGCGGUGGGCAAGUGGACCCUGCAGUUCUUCAAGGAGGCGCGGCCAGACGUCGGACGGGGCCAGGACGAGGAGUACCCGGUCUUCGAGUCGUUCGACGACUACGACCUCAAGGAGGGCCUCCUGCGCGGCAUCUACUCCUACGGUGGCUGCCUCAGCGCUACCAGGGGGGCCAAACCCGCCGCGUCGUGCGCGGAGGGCGGACACGGCGGCGCGUGCUCUGCGGCCGAGGGCGCUGGCGUGCAGGCAGGCGUUGAAGGAGGCGCCGUCUAUUUCGCCAACUUGCACAUCGGUGCCAACCAAAUGCUACCAGCUCCGCCCUCCGGUCGGGCAGUGGCCGUGACGGACCUCAGCCCGAUCGCCGAAGGACACGCCGUCGUUGUGCCCCGGAGGCACGCAGAGCGCUUGUCCGAGCUCAGCCAGGCGGAGCUCGUGGACCUCUGGUGCAUGGUGAGGCAGGUGCAGGCCGCCGUGCGGCGGCGCAUGGGCGCCACCGCCUUCAACAUUGCGGUCCUUGACGGCCAGUCCGCGGGGCAGCCGGUGCCGCACGUCCACGUGCACGUCGUGCCCAGACUUCCUGAAGACCACCUGGGUGGCGACCGCGUGCACGAGCUGAUCGAGCGGUGGACGCCCGCGCAGGACGCGGCCGCGGGCAGGAGCACGUUCCAGGCGCCCGCCGACGAGGACAGGCGGCCGAGGACCCUGGAGCAGAUGGCCGAGGAGGCCGCUCGGUACCGCCCUGCAGCACUCGCGGCGGGAGGUGCCCCCGUCCUCGGGGAGCCCGUGGCCUUCGCGAAGUUCACGAUACCGGCCGCCUCGGUCUUCUAUCAGUCUGCCUCGGGGCUGACCGUGGCUUUCGUGAACUUGAAGCCCCUGGUGCCUGGGCACGUUCUCGUUGUGCCGAAGAGGGUCGUGCAGCACAUCGCGGACCUGACCGACGAGGAGCUCGUGGACCUCUUCCUGGCCGUUCGGGACGUGCAGGCGGCGGUGUGUGCGGGGCACGGCGCCGACAGUGCCAACAUUGGCAUCCAGGACGGGAGAGACUCUGGCCAGACCGUGCCUCACGUGCACGUGCACGUGUUGCCGCGGCCGGCCGCGAAGUUGUGA